AAACAAAACUAAAAAAAAUAAUAAUAAUAAGUCCGGGAGCUUUCAUGGUUUGCGAAAACCCACCACAGCACAAACAAAGAAGCAGAGAGAACGACUGUGACGAGAGGAGGAGGAGAUCAACAUAGGAUCGAAGGAAGGCGAAUAGGGUGGGGGCGCGCGAGGCCAUUAUUAUUAUUCCUUCAGAGUUCUUCCAUCUCCUCGAACCCUCCAUUGUCUCUUGUGCGUCUCUGGAAUCAAUCGAGAGGAAGAAGCAAACCCCCGAAAGCCAGGCAGGCAGGCAGACAAAUAGAAAUUCCCCCAUUCUUCCCUGGCUUCGUGAUUUGGAAAAAGGGACAAGAGAGAAUUCCCUCGUCCCCCCUCUCUCGAGAUUUCUGCUCGACCCAUCUGGAUUUCUGUCUCAUGCACCGUCUCAGCGGCGCCGCCCGCCCAGCUACGUGAACCUUCUCCCUCUCUGUGUGUUUGGUUUGGUUUGGUUUGUCGCGGGAUGGCGGAGGAGCUGCAGCAGCAGCAGCAGCAGCAGGCGGAGGUGGUGACGGUGGAAAGAGCCAAGCUAGCGGCAUGCAUGACGUGCCCACUCUGCCACAAAUUGUUCCGACGCGCCACCACCAUCUCCGAGUGCCUCCAUACCUUUUGCAGAAGGUGCAUAACCAGAAAGAUAGAAUAUGAAGAUUUGGACACUUGUCCAGUUUGCAACAUUGACUUAGGGCCCCUCCCUCUCCACCAACUCAGGCCAGACCAUUGUCUCCAAGAUUUCAGGGACAAGAUUUUUCCUUACAAAAGAAAAAGGGUCGAAGCUGAAGCUGAAGCUGAAUCUCAAGCACAUGAAACCAUGCCUUCACUCCCAGAAGUCAUGCCACCACCUUUAGUACUGAAACCUCCAUCAGAAACUGUGGCUACUGUGCAUGUACCUGCCAGGAGGAAAGAAAGAUCUCUGUCUUCGUUGGUGAUCAACACACCUAAACUACCAGACGAACCUAUUCAGCCAGCAAAAAAGGCUAAAUAUAGCACAAAAAAGGUUCCUGUUGUUCGAGAAUCGGUCACAUCUGAUGAUGAAGAACCUGUCGAGAAUGCUGCAGAUGGUGACAGAUUGAGCUCGCCCGAGACUCUUAUCAAGAUUGCACAAAGCAGGAGACAGAAUGGUACUGCUUCUGGGACAUCCAAGCGGCUUAUGCUGGAUAAAAAAGUCGAGGAAGGAAUUGAAGAAAGUGAGGAGAAAUCUGAUCUAUUGAAACCAUUGAAUCACCUGGUUGAAGAAUUAGCCGCUGCAAAUAAAGUUAAGUCAAACAAGUCCAACCCGCAUGGGGAAGUUUCGGUUCCAGUGGUGGUGGCAGUGCCUGUAGAUGCCACCGUUAAAGCAAAUGAUAUCGAGAUGCCUAAUAAAGCCAAUGUAAAGGAGCAAGAAGAUAACAAACCUCAAGUUUGUUGGAAUGAAGAUGAUUCUGCUGCAUCAACAUCAAGUUCAGUCAGACCUACAAAGUUGCCUACCGUGCGCCCAAAGAAAGCUGCAAUUCCAGAAGCCGUUAACGUUUCGGCACAAGCUACUGUGGAUGCAAAUAGUAGACAGGAGCAAAGAUUGGUCCCUAUCUGGUUCUCCUUGAUUGCGGCAAAUACCCAGGGAGGAGGAGCGCCCUUGCCGCAGAUAUCUUCACCAUAUUUGAGGGUCAAGGAUGGUACCUUACCCAUUUCAGCAAUCAAAAAGUACCUUGCGCAGAAGCUAGGCCUCGCAAGUGAGGCUGAGGUGGAGCUUUCCAUUUGUGGUCGGCCUCUGCUUGCCACAUUGCAGCUACGAAAUCUAGUUCAGUGGUGGCUGCAGACAGUUCCAGCACCUGAAAGAACCCGCACAAGUGUCGGCAGUUCGGCCAAAGAUUUCGUCAUGGUUCUAUACUACAGCCGCAAAGCAACUUAGGGCGCCACAGCACAUUGAAACAAGCGUUUCUUUUUAGUUUUUACUACUUGCCCUGCUCUUACCGGUUUUCUUCUUUUGUUUCUGAGGCAUUCAGUCGAGCAUGUGGCGAGCGUCAACCAGCAUUUUCAUUUUGUUUUCCCUUUCGGUGGAAAGUUUCACAAUUUGUCGAUCAUAUUUUCACUUUUCCAUUCGACCCAAAGCUGAAAGAAGAGAGACUAAGUCAUUCGAGUAUAAAGAUCAGAUCUUUUUUUUUUCUGUUCCCUUUAUUCUUCCUGAACCUUUCAUGCAUUGAUGCUCAAAAGAAGAACAAGAAGAAAGCAAAAAUGUCAAGAUUGUAUUCAAAUUGAACAAUUAGGGUCAAAGAAAACCCAAUUCGCUACAAAUUUGACCAAACAAAAUCCUGUAAAAUCCCUAUCCUUUCAUCACCAAGCAGUUACAAAGAAGAAGAAUCGAAGUCAAUCAAAUCUGGCUGUAAGCUCCGCCUCCUGGGGUAUCAUCAUCGUCUGAUAGCAAGUUUCCAUACGGCGACGCCUCGAAUUCAUCCGCCACAAGAUCAUCCGUGCUCCUCAACGCGGCGUGCAGCAGCACCAAUCCGGCGGCGAUCGCCCCGGCGGCAAUCACGUUGACCCAGAUCCCGGCGACGGAAAAGACCACCACCGACGCGAUUACGAGCCCAACCAGCACCACCAAAUCGUUGAUCUCGAACCCGAAAAUCGACAUCGGCUCAUCUCGGGAGAAGUAGAGGACGACCCAGGCGACGAGCACGAUGAAGAAGGCGAGCAGCGCCAAGGGACGGGUGACGAGGCUGAAGAAGAAGAUUAGGAGGACGAUGAUGGCGUAAUUGGCACGGAAGAAGGUCAGGUUCUGGGUUACCCGGGCGUUGGCGUCGGUGAGGGGAGAAGGGAAGUUGACGGCGGUGAGGUCGAGGAAGAGCGGCCAUGGACGGCAGACCGAUGUUAGGGAUUGGACGGUUCGCUUGAGCUGGGAGAGGAGAUCGGGAGAAUCCGACAUUGUGAAGUGGAGUGGAGCCGGAGUAGAGAUUCGGGCGCAAGGGAUUGUCGGAUUGACGAUUUCUCGCGUGAAGGAUUCGCCGUCAGAGAGAGAGAUCUCCGACGCGGAAAGGAGGGAGGACAGGAGAGAAGAAAAGCUGGGACGCUCUGAUUUGUGCGAUUUCUAGG